AGUACGUUACAUAUCCUUAGCUUGAUUAGACAAAUUAAACGGAUCGGAGAUAUAUAUAGAAAGAAUGAAAACAUUCUGCUUUUUAUUAUUGUGUUUGGUGUUAUUCAUUGCACAACAUAGAGUUAAAUGUGCACCAUGGCAGAAAGCUCAUGCAACUUUCUACGAUGGAGCCGAUGCCUCAGGAACAAUGGGUGGUGCAUGUGGCUAUGGGAAUCUGUACAGAGACGGUUACGGUACGAAGACGACGGCUCUGAGUACCGUUCUGUUUAACGACGGGAAGGCAUGCGGCGGUUGCUAUCAGAUAGUUUGUGAUGCAAGCCAAGUGCCGCAAUGGUGCCUUAAGGGCACUUUCAUCACAGUUACUGCCACAAACUUUUGUCCUCCAAACUAUGCACUCCCUAAUGACAAUGGCGGUUGGUGUAAUCCUCCAAGACCACACUUCGACAUGUCUCAACCUUCCUUUCUAACCAUCGCCAAAUACAAGGCCGGCAUCGUACCCAUACUGUACAGAAAAGUUGGGUGUAGAAGGAGUGGAGGAAUAAGAUUUAGCAUCAAUGGAAGGGAUUAUUUCGAAUUAGUGACGAUAAGCAAUGUAGGUGGAGUUGGGGAGAUAGGGCAAGUGUGGGUAAAAGGGUCAAAGAAGAAUGUGUGGGAAGAAAUGAGCAGGAACUGGGGUGUUAACUGGCAAAGUUUAAGCUAUCUCAAUGGACAGAGCUUGUCCUUCACAGUUCAACUCACCGAUGGAAGAACCCUCACUGCUUAUAACGUAGCACCCUCCAAUUGGAAAUUUGGCCAAUCUUUCAUCUCCAAUAUUCAGUUCAACUAAUUAAUCUUGUUACUCAAGAAAGCCAUAUGAUAAGAGUAUUAUAUUUUGACCUGUUCAGCGAUAAGUGUCUGUGAUGUAAUCAUAUUACCAUGGUAAAUUUUUCAAGUCUGUUAAAACUUAAAAAUGAAUAAAUAAUAAUAAAAAAAUAUGUUAGGAAAAUAAUAUGCGCCAGGCUCUUUUUUUAAGUCCAUGUUUUUACUUUCAAUCGAAGCUAAAUCAAUCAAUAAUAUACCAAAAAGACAAUUAAAUGCUAUUAAUCUUUGUUCGAAAACAAAAUAUUUUAAAAAUAAAAAAAAAAUGUCAAUGU